UUCGUCCUCGUUAGACUUGGACGUCGGCCUAGGCGCGUACGUGGAGAAGAUAUGUAGAUGCGAAUAUCGAUUCGGUGUCAACUUUAUCUUCGCUCAGUUCAAGGCAUUCUCUUUGAUAUCAAGGGACCAUGACGUCGCCCCAAAAAAUAACCGCCGCUUGCUUCGUGACCGCCGUCUUCUUUUCAGCCACCAUCCAGGUCGCGCAUGCUGUCCACUGUCCUGCACCUACGGAUAUUGAGCCGCUCAAAAUACUGCACGACUCCAUCACGUUCGGAUGGAACACGACAGAGGCCAACCCCUUGCACUGCGCCUGCGUGUUUCCCGGUGUCUACGCGGAGACCUGCUCGGCAAACUCCACGCCCGCGGCUUGCAGAGCGGGCGUGACAGGUCGCACCAGCACCGAGCGGAACCUGAUGCCCGACUACACUCACACCGUGUGCGUGCAGACGCAGUGCUCGCCGUCCGAGUUCUCGCCCUCCGUCUGCAGGAGCGUCUACACCUUACCGGCAGUGCCGUACGAAAGCAUCACCGCCAGGCGCCAUUCUUCGUCGCUGGACAUCAAGUGGCGGGUUCCAGCGCGGAUGCAGGGGUGGCUGGCCGGCUACAGGAGCCGCUGGUGCAGUCCGUCUUGCAACGUCAGCGAACAGAUCAUGCACGGCUGGCACGAGGGCUCUCUGAAUCUCACCGAAGUCGAGACCAACAUCCAGUACACACUGUGCCUGAGCGGGUUCACCGUACAGCGCUCGAGCGACGAGAAGCAAUACAGCACCGAAGUCUCGCUCGUUGUCUAUAGCGUGGAAACACAUGGACCUAUUAAUAUUUCCUUUCUGGUCGAGAGGAUCCAAAGUUCCACGCUCCUGGUUGCCUGGCCCGCACCGGACCCGAACUCCAGGCGGUUUGACAACUAUAUCGUUAAUUGGUGGAAGGCGAACCAAACCGAUGCUGAUGGAGUUCCAAAGCGCAACCAGACCCUGCCGGCUACUUCGACGAGCUUCGUCAUCAACAACCUCGAACGCGGUGCCACCUACCACGUUAACCUGUCCACUGUUCGGGAAGCGGACACCACAGACGCGUCCCAGCAGAAGGAAAGCGUGCGGCCCCAACUCCUCGAGAAACCGGAGGACGUUCGCGUCGAAUCCCGGAGGUCCGUGACAGGUCCUCUCGCCUCCAUAACGUGGAACGCUUCGCUCCACUGCGGGCAGGACUCGCCGGUUCAGAGAUACACGGUGAAGCUGUGCCCAAUGUGCACGGUCGGAAAGGAGGCGCAGCCAACGAAAUGCCGCAGCGCGUCUGUAAAGGCGUGUGCCGGCAAGGCCGUCUUCGCUAGACUCGAAUACCUCUGCUGGUAUCGGGUCGAAGUGAGGGCACUCUCCCGCAGCGAUGGCGGAAACGUAAGCGAAGAAGGGGAACCCACGAUCGCCCACUUCAAAACCCCAGCGAGCGACCCGUACCGGACACCGGAAGGAGUCCGAGCCGAGGUCCAGGGGUCCUCGAACGCCACCGCCCUGGUGUCCGUAACCUGGGACGUUAGGAGCUUCGCCAGGGAAAGGUCGUCCGCAACUCGUUAUUCCGUGAAAGUACGCCCCUCGUGCAACGAAGACUCCGGCAGGAACCAGAAAGAGUGUCGCAGCGCAGCGGUUCCGGCCAGAGCUGGCAAGGCGGUCAUAGCCGGACUGAAGUACGUCUGCGGGUACGCAGUGGAAGUCCGGGCUCUCGUCGACGAAGUUCACGGCACAACAGACGAAUCACAACCGGCGGUUCUCUAUCUUACAGCUCCGGUGCCUAACGUACCUUCGCUGAGCGACUCGCUGCACGCGGAGUUGAGCGGCAGCCGCGUGAUAAUCAGCUGGCUGAACCCAGCGGAACUUGGGGAUAACGCGGUGCUGUACCACGUGACGCUUUUCCGUCCGACGCCAAGGUCCGUGAUGCGGGCGAUCGUCGACGGUACGAAGAAGACUUUCGAUGGUCUCGAACCGCAAGAGAACUACACAGUGGCCAUCGCCGCUUGCCUACGCUGGGGUCAGCGACAACAGUGCGUCGGAAACGCAACGCUGGAGUUCGAGACCCUGCCAAGAGAACCUGUGGAAGACUUCCUCAGCCUAACGGUGGCAGCAGCGAGCUCUACAGAACUCCGAGUUUCCUGGAACACUAAGUCUGAAGACAACAACGUGAAAUUGUACGAAAUUACCUGGUGGAUGCCCAGUUCCCACGAGGUCAGCACACCUAAGGAAAAGAAAUUUACUAUAUUUACUCACAAUAACGAAGCCACCAUCGAUGGACUAGAGCCAUACAUCACUUACGCAGUCCAGGUGGUGGCCGUCUGCGAAAGAAGGAAUAUUACGUGGCGCCACCAAUCGGCGAUCGCGACCGCUACAACCUACCCUGAAGGUCUCGUACGUGUGUCUGGCGUCGCUCUAACAAACGACAACUGCACACCUUCUCUCUGCGAUGUAUCUGUGACGUGGAAAGUGAAGGCCACUACACCGCAUGCACCCGUUCAGCUUGAGUACCACGUCAUGCUAUGUAUCGGUUCCGAAGUCGUCGGUGACAACUGUCGCAAUGAGACAGUGCUCGGCGGACGCUCGUACGUCAUCUUCUCUGGAGUCAAAACGUUCGCGGCUUUGUUCGCGACGGUACGACCAGUUAUCAAGAUGCCAAGCGGCGUCUUCGAGGGUGACGCUAGCCUGGCGAGAGGUCGAAGCUGGACGCCUCGGAUACCGGGCGUCGAAGAGGUAACGGUGGCGGAGGUGACUGGAACCUCGGCCCACGCCUCGUGGCCCAAGGUGACUGAACUUGACGGAGUCGACGGCGGCUAUUACGGUGUAGUUGUCACCAUGCACCCUGAAUACGAAGAUGAUGAGGCUGUUUCUACAGAACAGUCUCUCAGACAAUAUGACACUACAAAAGAAAAACAGACUACCGGUGCUAAUUCCAUGGAACGUGAUGUGGUCGUACACAACGUGUCCUCGAGCGACGUCGUUAUCGACCUGCUUGACCUGAAGCCGUGGAGAAAUUACACGAUUACUGUGACUCCGGGUGUAAUGGGCAGCGGAGUGGCCAUAGUGGGUGACAGCGCCAGUAAAGUCUUCAAAACGUUACCAGAACCUCCGAGCAAGCCUAGGAACGUGUCUGUGGUGGAACGCCAAGGGGAGCACUACGUGACCUGGCUUCCGCCAGAAUCGUGGAACGGGCCCCGAUCAGGCUACGAAGUAAGCGUCACCUGCGUCAACGGCCGCGUCAGGGGCAACAGCACGGUAGUCGCACUCAACGCGGACAAGACCGAGCUCAGGUUCCCGAACUUCAGCCCGGGAGUGCCCUGCACGGUAUCCGUGCGCGCUUACACUGUGUACGUCGGGGAGCCCCUGGACGGCGACAAAGCCAGGGUCCGCUUCACGCUUCCGAAGAAAGAAUAUGUGAACACCACGGAACAUUCGUCAAUGUAGUCCAGCCGGAUUAGCAUGGCGCAGUGGCGACGCUUACAACUCAUCUUGAACGUGUAGCACAGCGAAAACAAAUACACAAUAGCUCCUUGGUGCCGUC